AUGGCUGAAUACAUUAGCCGCCUUGACCCCCGGGCACAGGCUCUUCGCAGCCACCUACCCGAGCUUUCUAUUGGUCAAGAGGAUAAGGAUAUUCAUCUUGCUGUCCAUGACGGGAGCACUGACAACACUGGCCAAGAGAGCAAGGACUCCCACGAACUCGUUCAGGAAGAGACCGAAGAGAGUCUGGAUGCCCUCAUUGAGGAUCUGGAGGCCGAAGACGGCAAAGAAAAAGAUCCUGAGGUGCUCACUAUCCCGGUCGCCCCUGGUGAAGAGCGUCCUGUGCCUCCUGAACUGCUUCAAACCGAUCCCGCCCGUGGCUUGUCGGACGUGGAGGUCGCCCUUGCUCGAAAGAAGUAUGGCCUGAACCGUCUGAAGGAGGAGAAAAGAAACCAUGUCCUCAAGUUCUUAGGCUUCUUUGUCGGCCCUGUUCAAUUUGUCAUGGAGGGUGCAGCUCUACUUGCUGCUGGUCUGCAGGACUGGAUCGACUUCGGAAUAAUUUGUGGUCUGCUCCUCCUGAAUGCCGCGGUUGGAUUUUGCCAGGAGUACCAUGCUGGUAACAUUGUCGACAGCCUUAAGGAAACCCUAGCACUGAAAGCGACUGUGAUUCGCAAUGGUAAACGAAUGGACAUUGGGGUUGAGGAGGUUGUGCCCGGUGAUAUCGUUCAUGUGGAAGUUGGCACGAUCGUCCCCGCUGACGGAGUGGUUGUCACGCAAAACGCCCACCUUCAAGUCGACCAGUCCUCAAUCACGGGAGAAUCUCUGGCUGUUGACAAACAAACGGCAGAUGUCUGUUUUUGUUCUUCUGCCAUCAAACGCGGAAGUGCACUUAUGGUUGUCACGACCACAGGAGAUAACACCUUUGUGGGAAGGGCGGCUGCACUUGUGAGCCAAGCGGCCCAAACCAGCGGUCACUUCACUGUGGUUUUGAAUACAAUCGGCAAGUAUCUUCUGAUACUCGUGAUCUUCACUCUGUUCGCUAUCUGGACUGCGGGAUACUACCGCUCCAACGAUAUCGUGCAAAUCCUGGAGUUCACCCUGGCAAUUGUCAUCGUCGGUGUUCCCGUCGGUCUUCCUGCAGUGGUCACCACCACCAUGGCUGUGGGUGCAUCCUAUCUGGCAAAGCGCAAGGCCAUUGUCCAGAGGCUUUCUGCAAUUGAGUCACUGGCAGGCGUUGAAAUCCUUUGCACCGACAAGACUGGCACCUUGACUCGAAACAAGCUUGCCCUAGGCGAACCAUAUCUUGUUCCUGGUAUUGGCAUUGGAGAGCUCAUGUUGACUGCUUGUCUGGCAGCUACCCGACACAAGAAGGGAAUUGAUGCCAUUGACAAAGUGUUUGUCAAAGGCCUCCGCAAAUACCCACAAGUCAAAACCCAACUUCCCUUGUACAAGACUGUCGAGUUCUUUCCAUUUGAUCCAGUCACCAAGCAGGUCACAGCAGUGGUCGAAUCCCCCGACGGUGAGCGCAUUGUGUGUCUUAAAGGCGCCCCGAAAGCCGUCCUGAGCACAAUUGAGGUGGAUGGUCCACUCCCUGAGAAGUUCUCGACGGCGUAUCGUGAGAAAGUCGCUGAAUUUGCCCGACGUGGAUUCCGUGCUCUGGGUGUUGCCCGCAAGUGCGGUGACAACGAUUGGGAGAUUCUUGGCAUCAUGCCUUGUUCGGAUCCUCCUCGCCACGACACGGCCAAGACCAUCGCGGAAGCAAAGAGUCUGGGUCUUCAGAUCAAGAUGUUGACCGGUGACGCGGUUGGAAUUGCUCGAGAGACCGCCCGACAGCUCGGCCUUGGAACGAAUAUCUACAAUGCGGAGCGUCUCGGCGUCACUGGAGGUGGUGACAUGCCCGGCUCGGAGCUUUACGACUUUGUCGAAGCUGCAGAUGGAUUUGCCGAAGUGUUCCCGCAACACAAGUACAGUGUUGUGGAGAUCUUGCAGAAGCGCGGGCACCUUGUGGCAAUGACGGGAGACGGAGUCAAUGAUGCUCCAUCUCUCAAGAAAGCCGACACGGGGAUCGCUGUGGAAGGUGCUUCGGACGCAGCUCGCUCGGCCGCCGACAUUGUUUUCCUGGAGCCUGGACUGUCCGCCAUCAUCGAUGGGAUCAAGACUUCUCGCCAGAUUUUCCACCGGAUGUACUCUUACGUUGUGUACCGUAUCGCACUCUCCCUACACCUCGAACUGUUUUUCGGGUUCUGGAUGAUUAUUCGCAACGAGGGACUGAAGCUCCAGCUGGUCGUUCUUCUGGCCAUCUUUGCCGACAUCGCGACGCUGGCCAUCGCUUAUGACAACGCCCCGUACGCAUCCUCGCCGACGAAAUGGAACCUGCCCAAGCUGUGGGGCAUCGCAGUUGUCAUGGGGAUCAUCCUGGCUGCUGGCUCGUGGUUCACGUUUGGGACCAUGCUACUCGCGGGUCCGAAUGCUGGCGUGGUGCAGAACUUCGGAACUUGCUAUUCCGUGCUGUUCCUCGAGAUCUCGCUGACGCAGAACUGGUUGAUCUUCAUCACGCGCACCAACGAAUCAUUCCUGUCAUCGCGCCCGUCCUUUCUUUUAGUGGGAGCCGUUCUCUUGGUCGACAUUGCUGCGUCCCUCCUCACCAUCUUCGGCGUCUUCGUUGGCCCACCCACAUCCAUCGUGACUGUGGUGCGGGUGUGGGCGUUCUCCCUCGGAGUGACCGUUAUCUGCGCCGUGCUCUACUAUCUGCUUCACAACUCGAGCGGUUUUGACAAUUUGAUGCAUGGCAAAAGCCCGCGCAGCCAUGACAAGCAGCGAGGAUGGGAGGACUUCUGUAAGUGUGAAAUUCUGGCGAAUCAGUACAGACAACUAACGGAGCCGGUAGUAAUGUCCCUUCAGCGCGUGGCGACCCAGCACGAGAAGACGACAUGA